CGGAGAGCCGAUGUAACGAGUGGUGGCCGUGGUUGCACCCUCUUCCAUCAGUCACAUGGCGUGCAGCAAACUUCUUCUAUAAAUCCAUGCAUUAAGGUCGAGGGAAGACGUCCGCAAGCCUCCCUCUCCAAGGGACAACCAUGGAGAACCGCUUGGAGAACACGGGUUGGAUGUCUGUUCCUCAGUUUGGAGGUUGGGAUAAAAAUACAGAUUAUUCGAUGGUAUUUUCGCGAGCUCGUGCAAAUAAGAAGCAUCACAAGGCUGGGAUGAGGCCCUCCAGCCUUGGAAAUGCAGAGGAACUCAUGGCUUACCAACAGUGUCAAAAUGAUGCCCCCAUCAUGGUAAAUGAUGCCCCCACCAUGAAAAGGAGGAAGUCUCUGCACUAUCUCAGAUGCUGCAUCAUGCCAGAUUUUUCUCUACACUGAAAAUUGAAGACAAAUUGCAUCAAACUGAUUGUAAAUGAAGACAUACUGAGUCUCCCUAUGAUAUGAUUCAACAAUGUAUUUAUUCUUCAUCUUUUUUUUUAUCUAUUUAUAUGGUGACUGUGUUUUUACCUUGUAUCUAAGAUUAUGUUGAGAAAGGCGGGAAAAUAAAUAUCCCCUAGAUUAUGCGAACAGAUUAUGACAAUGUAUCGUUUGGUGGCAGAUCAUGACAAUGUUUCGACACUCA